AUGGCGCAAGACUUUAGCGACCCGCUGACAUCGGCUGCCUAUGCCUCCUCAAAGACAACAGCAGCAUCGGGAAGCGACCCCUUUCGCCUCGCCCAGUCUGCAUCCACCCAACCUAAGCCAGCAUCUCCUUUACCAAAACGAGCGACCACAGUAACAAAACCCAAACGGUUCUCAGAAGAAGUCAGCUCAUUCUCGUCGCCAUCGUCGCCACUGUCACAUCCCUUUGCUGAUCCACUCGACAGCGGACACAGUAAUGGAGGCGACUAUGAACCCUACAUGAAGACAACCUCCGGCUACAGUACUUAUCAGCAGUACAACAAUAGCACCCAUUUUAAUAACCAAGCUGGCAACCGUUCGACUAUUGCGUCCUUCCCAACCACAAGCGCUCACACCACAAGUUUACCCAACAGCUCCCGCCAAUCGCCAGCUCCAACACAACCACCACCAGUCGCUUCUUCUUCGCCAGGCGCCACCACACCUCCUGGUUUUCGUUCCAGCAGUCCUAAAGCAGUCUCGCCGCCAAGGAUAACUCGACGCGACUCCUCGUACGACCAGCAACGCGUCAAGGCUCCCCAAUAUCUCCACAUCACCAUCCCGGAUACAGAUAGGCGUGGCAAAGAUGGCAUGUUCUUACUGUCUGUUCAGACAAACAUGCCUAGAUACAAGCGGCAAUCAUACCAAAAUGUAACACGGUCCUACUUGGAGUUUGUAAGGUUGCGGGAACACCUCGUGGCAGAACAUCCUGAGGCAUUGGUACCAGUUCUGCCUCCUGAGCGAUCUCUUGUUAGCGCAUCAGAUGUCCAGUCAAUGCGCCUCUUUUUGGAACGCAUCAGUCGACAUCCUGUUCUCUCCCACGACAUUGAGUUGCAGAUGUUUAUCGAGUCUGAGUUUGGAUUCUUGCCACCAGCCAAACCAAAAAGAAUUCUGGGGAAGCUUCUCGACAUUGGGGUGAAGCGAUUCAGCAGCUCUGGAGGAAGUUCGGCGCUGUCUUUGGGCGACACUGAUGAUGAAUUCGAGGAGGAGCGAGCUGUGGCGGUCAAACUAGAAGCGAAACUUCAGGGAGCAAUAAAAUGUCUCGACAAGGAGAUCAAAGCCAGGCGAGAUUUUAGUUCCAAGGAGGCAGAGCUAGCCACAGUCAGUAAUGCCUGGGCUGCUGGCGAGAGUCUUCCUGAGCUGGCGAGAACUUUCAAACUGUUAGCGAAGCCAUUAGAUGGCAUGUCCAAGGCCAGCAAAGCUCAGGUCGGUGGCGACGCAACUGUGCUAGGUAGCUUUCUGGACUACAAGCUGCAGCACGUUCAGACUCUGAGUGGCGCAUUAGACUACCGUUUAUCGGUUGUAGGCGAAUAUGAGGCAGCAAUCAAGAACACAGAAAGUAAACGGAAGAUUAUGGAGCGGCUGAGAUCGUCGACCAACAUCAACCCCGAGAAAGUGACUGACAGUAUCGAUGACUUGGAAGAUGCGACAUUGUUCGAGGGGAAUAUGAGGAGGAGGAUGGAGCAGGUGUCGUCGGCAUUGAUGAAGGAUCUUGAAGGGUACCGGGUACAGAGUCAGGAAGAUUUGCUGCGGGCGCUGCGCCAAUACAGUCAGCGCCAGAUCGGGUUUGAGAAGGCGAAGUUGGAAGAGCUGUUGUCGGUUGGUGCAGGGCUAAAGGCCGAUCCAAACCACGGAGAGUCUGGUGGUGGGAUAUCUUAG